CCGGGCCGGGCCGCCGCCGCGGUUCCUCCGCGCCGGGGUGAGGGUCGCGGGAAGCUUCCAGGUAUCAUGAUAUUACUUGGUUUGAGUUCAAGCCAUUUAUGAGACCUUAAAUCUCUCGAAAAUGGAAAACCUAGUGCCGCCCUUCCUGGAGGAUCCUGCCUGCUGGUGAUGGCAGAACUGAGCCUGCCAGCAGCCGAGCAGCCCCCGGGUGUCAGUCGGCCCAGUCCAAGUCGUCCUGGCCAUGGACGGAGCGCCAGCCAUGCAGGGCAGCCUCUUGGAGGAUGGGUCCUGCAGUGACACUUCAGCCUGUCUUGACACUCUCCCAAAGCCCCCGGGCCCACGGACACCACCUGACCAGUGGGAGGAAGCCCAGCGUGCCAGCGUUGGGGUGAACAGAGCUAUGGAUGAAGGAGAAAGCCCAGAUGUGCCCAACGAGGGAGACACCUAUCAGAACGGACCAGUGCCACAGCUCCCAGGCCCGCUGUCAGCUCUUGGUCCCACCAAGAGCCCUGUGGGUCCUGAUGCCCCUCCAGGUGUGGCUGGUUUCCAUGACAACCUAAGGAAGUCUCAGGGGACUAGUGCUGAGGGCAGUGUUAGAAAAGAAGCUUUGCAGUCUCUCAGACUCAGUCUUCCUAUGCAAGAAACGCAACUGUGCUCAACGGAGGCUUCCCUGCCCCUGGAGAAGGAGGAACAGAUCCGACUUCAGGCUCGGAGGCGGCUGGAGGAGCAGCUCAAACAGUACAGGGUGAAGCGCCAGCAGGAACGAUCCAGCCAACCUGCAGCUAAAACGAGACCUUUCAGCACACUUGAUCCUGAACUCAUGUUGAACCCAGAAGCCUUACCAAGGGCCAGCACCGUGGCUAUGACAAAGGAAUAUUCCUUCCUGCGUACCAGUGUGCCUCGGGGGCCAAAGGUGGGCAGCUUAGGGCUCCUGGCACAUUCUAAGGAGAAAAAAAGUUCCAAAUCAAGCAAAAUUCGGUCCCUGGCUGAUUAUAGAACUGAAGACUCAGACACUGGGAAUUUGGGUGGAAAUGUUCUGGCCACAGACUCCACCAGGGGCUCCUUGAAACAGAACCAAAGCAGUGUGACGUCAGUGGUGUCUGAGGUCAGCCUGUGCCCUGAGGCCGAUGACCUGGAGAACUCAUCCCUGACUGGAGACAAUGUAUCUGAGGCCGAUGGGAAUGAGAGCGACAGCUCUUCCUACAGCAGCAGCUCCCUCCGGGGGAUGCGCAGCCUCGUGGUGAACAGUGCAGGCACGCGUGAAGCCUCCUACGUGGUCAACGGCCAGGAGAUUGCUGCCAGUUCCCUGGGCCAGUUCCCAUCCAUCAAGGAUGUCCUCCAGGCCGCUGCAGCUGAGCACCGAGACCGGGGCCCAGAGGUCAAUGGGGAGACGCGGAGCCGGACAGACAGCAUCUGCAGCAGCGUGUCCAUGGAAGGUUCUGUGGCUGAAACUCACGAUGAGAUGUUGCAGGUUCUUAAAGAAAAAAUGAGACUUGAAGGACAGCUGGAAGCCUUAUCCCAGGAGGCUGGUCAGGCACUUAAGGAAAAGGCGGAGCUGCAGGCACAGCUGGCCGCCCUGAACACACGGCUGCAAGCACAGGAGGAACACAGCCACAGCAGCCAGCGGAAGCAGGACGCGCUCACUUCGGAGGUGGACACCUUGAAGCAGUCCUGUUGGGACCUGGAGCGGGCAAUGAGCGACCUGCAGAACACGCUGGAGGCCAAGAAUGCCAGCCUGGCGUCCUCCCACCAUGACCUGCAGGUGGCAGAGGAGCAGUACCAGCGACUCCUGGCCAAAGUGGGGGAGAUGCAGAGCAGCAUGCUCAGCAAGGACAGCACAGUGCACGACCUGCGACAGCAGAUGGCAGCCUUGCAGAGCCAGCUGCGGCAGGUGCAGCUGGAGCGCACAACGCUCACCAGCAGGCUGAAGGCGUCCCAGGCGGAAAUCGCGUCUUUGCAGAGCGUCAGGCAGUGGUACCAACAGCAGCUUGCCCUGGCCCAGGAGGCCCGGGUCAGGCUGCAGGGUGAGAUGGCCCACAUCCAGGUGGGACAGAUGACCCAGACGGGCCUCCUGGAGCACCUGAAACUUGAGAACGUGUCCCUAUCACAGCAGCUGACGGAAACGCAGCAUAGAUCCAUCAAGGAGAAGGAACGCAUCGCCCUGCAGCUCCAGGGCAUCGAGGCUGACAUGCUGGACCAAGAAGCUGCCUUUGUGCAGAUUCAAGAGGCAAAGACGAUGGUGGAGGAGGACCUGCAGAGGAGGCUGGAAGAGUUCGAGGAAGAGAAGGAGCAGCUGCAGAAAAUGGCAGCCUCAGCAGCAGCCCUCGAGCAGCAGCUAGAGCAGGUGAAGUUAACGCUACACCAGCGAGACCAGCAGCUUGAGGCCUUGCAGCAGGAGCACCUAGACGUGCUAAAGCAGUUCACCACGACACAGGAGACGUUGCAGAGCCGGGAGCAGGCGCUCGGCGACCUGCAGGUGCGCUACGAUGAGCUGCAGGCCCGGCUGGAGGAGCUGCAGGGCGAGGCCACCUCCAGGGACGACACCAUCCGCUUCCUGCAGAACGAGAAGAUUGUCUUGGAGGUGGCUCUGCAGGCAGCCCGGAGCUGUGAGGAGGAACUUGACAGAGGAGCCAGACGCUUGGAAGAAGGUGCAGAGGAAACAUCAGAAAUGUUGGAGCAGUUGAGACAGGAACUAGCCGUCAAGUCCAGCCAGGUGGAGCACCUGGAGGAAGACGCUACCUCUCUGAAAAAACAGAUGCAGAAAAUAAAGGAACAGUUUCUUCAACAGAAGGUGAUGGUGGAGGCCUACCGACGGGACACCGCCUCCAAAGACCAGCUCAUCAGCGAGCUCAAGGCCACGAAGAAGAGGCUGGACUCGGAGGUGAAGGAGCUGAGGCAAGAGCUGAUUCAGCUUCAAGGGGACAAGAAAUCCGUGGAGGUGGAGCAGUCGCGCUUGCAGAAGGAGGUGUCCAGGGUCCAGCAGCAGAUGGCGGCUCUCGAAGGGCAUCUGGAGUCGGUGCAGAAGGAGCGCGAUGAGAUGGAGACGCACCUGCAGUCUCUGCAGUUUGACAAACAGCAGGUGGCCGCAUUGACAGAGGCCAACGAGGCGCUGCAGGCACAGGUGGAGGAGCUGCGGCAGGGAGCUGCCAGAGCCCUCACUGAACAGAAGCAGAGGAUGACGCGGCUGGGCUCGGACCUGAGCACCGCGCAGAAGGAGAUGAAGAGCAAGCACAAGGCCUAUGAGAGCGCCGUGAGCAUCCUGAGCCGCCGCUUGCAGGAGGCCCUCACAGCCAAGGAGGCGGCCGAGGCUGAGCUGAGCCAGCUGAGGGCCCAGGCAGCCGAUGGUGCCAGCAACCUCACGCUGAAUGAGAGAAUCCAGGCUCUGGAGUUGGAGCUGAAGACUGUGGGUCACAGCAAGGUGAUGCUGGAGAAAGAGCUGCAGGAGGUCAUCGCACUGACCAGCCAGGAGCUGGAGGAGUACCGGGAGAAGGUGCUGGAGCUGGAGGAUGAGCUUCAGGAAUCCAGAGGCUUUAGGAAGAAGAUAAAGCGUCUUGAGGAGUCAAAUAAGAAGUUGGCUCUAGAGUUGGAACAUGAGCGAGGGAAGCUCACUGGCCUUGGGCAGUCCAGCGCAGCUCUGCGGGAGCACAACAGUGUGUUGGAGACGGCGUUAGCCAAGAGGGAGGCCGACCUCGUGGAGCUGAACCUUCAGGUUCAGGCCAUUAUGCAGCGCAAGCAGGAGGAGGACCGCCAGAUGAGGCAGCUUGUGCAGACCUUACAGUCCGCUCUGGAGAGAGAGAAGCUGGAAGUGCACAGCCUCCGGGAACAGGUGGCUGCAGCCAAAGCAGAAACAGGGCACAGUCGCCGCCACUUCAAGGCCGCCACCUUGGAGCUGAGCGAGGUGAAGAAGGAGCUGCAGGCCCAGGAGCUCCUGGUGCAGACGCUGCAGGCAGCAGCUGAGCAUCUGCAGCUUCAGGAGGGCAGACAUGCCCAGGAAGUAGCACAGUUCCAGGCAGAGCUUGCGGAGACACGGAUGCAGUUGCAGCUCCUGCAGAAGCAGCUGGACGAGCAGCUGAGCAAACAGCCCGUGGGAAACCAAGAGAUGGAAAACCUGAAGUGGGAGGUGGAUCAGAAGGAGAGAGAAAUCCAGUCGCUGAAGCAGCAGCUGGGCCUGACUGAGCAGCAGAGCAGGCGGGAGCUAGACGGGGUCGAGCGGUCUCUGCAGAAUAUCAAGUCUGAGCUGGAGAUGGUACGGGAAGACCUGUCUGUGACCCAGAAAGACAAGUUUGUACUUCAGGCUAAAGUGUCGGAGCUGAAGAACAACAUGAAAACUCUGCUCCAGCAGAACCAGCAGCUCAAGCUGGACCUGCGACGCAGCGCGGCUAAGGUGAGAAAGGAACGGAGAGGAGAGGCCAGCCCUUCCAGCCCUGUGACGCCAGUGAAGGUCCCCGACUGCCCAGUCCCAGCCUCACUGCUGGAGGAGCUUCUGAGGCCCCCGCCAGCUGUGAGCAAGGAGCCCCUGAGGAAUCUCAACAGCUGUCUCCAGCAACUGAAGCAGGAGAUGGACAGCCUGCAGCGCCAGAUGGAGGCACACACCAUCACUGUGCAUGAGUCGCUGACCUCAUGGACUCAGGGGGACCCUGCCACCAGCCCCACUUCUGUAGGCAACCAUGCCAACCCCGCAGGAGACACAGAGCCACCCAGGCCCAGCAGCGAUUCCAGAGAUGGGCUGGGAACAGCGACUGCUGAGCAUCCCCAGCCUGAGUGUGUGUAGCUGCCUGGACGUCCCCUCAAAGGUCACAUGUUUCCCUCAGCAGUGGAAUUUAAGUUUUGUGUUUGCCUCUACCAGGAAUAAAAUAACACGGGAGCCACCUGCAGAUCACGACCAGCUUCCCCGCAAAGUGACCAAAUCUUAAAAUCCUAGUUGAGCUCUCAGUGACAGUGUUGGAAGGUGUCUGAUGGUCAUUUGCAGGAGGCAGAGCCUCAUGAGCCAGGCAGGCGCUGCUCUGUGGCUGCUGGUCCUGGGAACUGGGUCCAGGGCCCACUCCCUCACUUUCCUGUGGGCCCAGUGUGAGCUCCGCCUCCCCAAGGAAGUGAAGCUUUAUUUGCACCUUCGGUUUUAUUUUAUUUUAUUUUAUUUUAUGUUCAUAGUCGUCCCACCACAGGGUGUGUGUGUAAAUACUGAGACUCAUAACCUAAUCUUUAAAAAGUCUAUCCUCGUGUUAUUUAAAAAUGACCUGAAUUGUCUGCUUUUUGAUUGCCUUUUGAAAAUCUGCUGUCAGGAAAUUAUGUACAUGUAGGAUUAAGGGAUGUCAGUCAGAAAAUUAUAUUUUAAGAAAUAUAAUUAUUUUAUUUACUCUACCUUCUAAAACCAAAUACUCUUAGAGCGUUCUUUCUUAUUUUUUUUCACCUUAUUUUUGAGGGUCUUUUCCUUGUCUAUGUGCACGAUACCUACUGUCCAACCCGCAUUGCUUGGCCUGCCCUGGACCACCCCAGGCAACAUGGCUUCCCCAGGCCCCACCUUCUGUGCCUGAAGUGGCAGUGUCCACCAGACCUGUGGUCAUCAGAGACAUGCUGGGCUCAGUGGUGACGGGCGUCAGAGGUCGAGGUCCUGAACAACCAGGCACCUCAAUGUGUGAGGUUUUCCUGUGCGUCUGUCCCCGAGUUUGCCAAGAAAACCUAAAAUAAUAUUUAUUGUAAAAGUUGGAGGACAGCGAGGUGGGUGCAUGUGCACCCUGUGCAGACCUGCUGCUGGGGGAAGGGGUCCGCGCGCAUCGCAAGCCCAUGUGCUGUGACUGUCACGUUUGUGGAGAAAACUGGCAUUUUUAAGCUAUCUGUGUUCUCUUAUGAUGUCAGAAGGUUCAUUGAUAAAGUGGCGUUAACUACAAAGAUGUUUAGUGUUUAAAAAGGUUCCCUAGCUCCCUGGCGGACCAGAGUCUCAGGUUUGAUUCCAGUCAAGGGCACAUACCUAGGUUCUG